CGGCGCAGGAAAUUUUGGCGGGAACGAUAUGCGGCUGCCCUGCUGAGGCGCAGAAACUCUGAGGGAGCGGAGCCCGCAUUCCUCCUCUCUCCCCCCCCCCCGAACCCGGGAAAGGAGCGAACGAUGGCGGAGGCUCUGCCGUGACUGAAAGAUGCCUUUCGGCGACGCUGAAGCCGGGGACCAAAUGGAAGGCCAGGGAUCUCCGGGGGCGGGAAGCGGCGGAGAGGAGACCGACGAGGGAAGCGGCAGCCCGAGGGGCCUUCCCGAGGGGCCCCGGGCGCUUUGCAGCCGCCUGCACCGGCUGUGCCGGGGUUGGCUGCGGCCCGAGCGGAGCAGCAAAGCCGAGAUGCUGGACCUGGUGGUGCUGGAGCAGCUGCUGGCCCUGCUGCCCCCGGAGUUGGCGGGCUGGCUGAGGGAGUGCGGGGCGGAAAGCUGCGCCCAGGCGGUGGCCCUUGUUGAAGGCUGCCUCCUCGGUCCUGCAGCUGCCCCAGAGCCCGGAAAGGGGUGGCAGAUGCAGGAGCCGUUCACCAGAGAGAUCUUGGCAGAUUUCUGGGAAAGAGGAAAUCGAUGUACUCCUUCUCAGGGACUGCUUUUCAGGAGGAUCCAACUUGGGAUACUACAGCAGGGCUCUGAUCCCUUUGAGGAGGUCACUGUGGACUUUACAGAAGAAGAGUGGGUGCUGCUGGAUUCAGGCCAGAGAGAUUUGUGCAAAGAAAUCUCACUGGAGGCUUUUAGUAAUAUGUCUGCCCUGGAUGAAAUUGAGAAUGAGAAUCAGGAAAGGUUAAUGCCACUGCAAACAACAAGCUAUGAAGUAGAAAUGAUGUUUGACCAUCAAGCAUAUUCAAAAAGACAAGAGAGAAGCCACUCAGAAGGUAGAGGACAGGAAUCCUCCACACUUCAUCAUUCCUUUUCUGUUACUUUACCUGAGAAACGUCAGAUGAAAUACAAGCCACAGAAGAUCGUAAAUUUGGGGAAGGAUUCCACACUGAACAGAGAGACUGAAAUAUAUAGAAAAUGUGGAAAGAGCUUCAGAAGUGAGGCUACCCUUUAUGACUAUGAAAGGAGCCAAACAGCAGAAAAAUCAUAUAGUUGCGAGGACUGUGGAAAGGGCUUUGCUUUAAUAGAAAAGCUUAACUUUCAUAAAAAGAUUCACACAGAUGAGAAACUAUAUAAAUGCAUACAGCGUAGAAAGAGCUGUUUCCGGAGUAUUCUUCAUUUACAUGGGAGGAUCCGUAGAAGGGAGAAAAAACAUAGCUGCAGGGAAUGUGGAAAGAGAUUCUUUGAGAACACAGCUCUUAUCAUCCAUCAAAGAACUCACACAGGGGAGAGACCAUAUAAAUGCCUGGAAUGUGGAAAGGGCUUUAUUUCAAAUGGAAAUCUUAAUACUCAUAAAAGAAUCCACACAGGGGAGAGACCCUUUAAGUGCAUGGAGUGUGGAAAGCAGUUUAUUCGGAAAGCAUAUCUUACUGAUCAUGAAAUGGUUCACACAGGAAUGAAAUCAUAUAUAUGCACAGAGUGCGGAAAGAGCUUUCGUUUCAAGCGUAAUCUUAAGCGCCAUGAGAGGAUCCAUAAAGGGGAGAAACAACAUAGCUGCAUAGAGUGUGGAAAAUGUUUCACUGAGAAAAGUUCUCUUUCUGAACAUGAAAGUGUUCACACAGAAGUAAAACCAUAUAAAUGCACAAAGUGUGGAAAGAAUUACCGUUUCAGGUGCAAUCUUAAUCGUCAUGUGAUGAUCCAUAGAAGGGAGAAGCAACAUAGUUGCAUGGAGUGUGGAAAAGGAUUCUAUGAGAAGACAGACCUUACUAUCCAUCAAAUGAUCCACACAAGGAAGAAACUGUAUAGUUGUGAGGAAUGUGGAAAGUCCUUUGUUUUAAUAGAAGAACUUAAUUUUCAUAAAAGGAGUCACACAGUUGAGGAAGUAAAUAAUUGCAUAGAGAAUGAAAGUAGUUUCAGGAAUAAUCUUGAUAACCAUGAGAGGAUCCACAUAAGGGAGAAAAAACAUAGCUGCAGGGAGUGUGGAAAGAGAUUCUUUGAGAACACAGGUCUUACCAUCCAUCAAAGGACUCACACAGGGGAGAGACCAUAUAAAUGUCUGGAAUGCGGAAAGGGCUUUAUUUCAAAUGGAAAUCUUAAUUCUCAUAAAAGAAUCCACACAGGAGAGAGACCGUUUAAGUGCAUGGAGUGUGGAAAGCAGUUUAUUCGGAAAGCAUAUCUUACUGAUCAUGAAAUGGUUCACACAGGAGUGAAAUCAUAUAUAUGCACAGAGUGCGGAAAGAGCUUUCGUUUCAAGCGUAAUCUUAAGCGCCAUGAGAAGAUCCAUAGAGGGGAGAAACAAUAUAGCUGUGUGGAGUGUGGAAAAUGUUUCACUCGGAAAAUACAUCUUACUGUUCAUGAAAGGGUUCACACAGGAGUGAAACCAUAUAAAUGCACAGUGUGGAAAGAACUACCGUUUCAGAUGCAAUCUUGAUUGCCAUGAGAUGAUCCAUAGAAGGGAAAAACAUAGUUGCAUGGAGUGUGAAAAAGGAUCCUAUGAGAGGACAGACCUUACUAUCCAUCAAACAAUCCACGCAAGGAAGAAAUUAUAGUUGUGAGGAAUGUGGAAAGUCUUUUGUUUUAAUUGGAGAACUUAAUUUUCAUAAAAGGAGUCACAGGUAAGGAAGUAAAUAAUUGCAUAGAGAGUGAAAGGAGUUUCAAUUUCAGGAAUAGUCUUGACAACCCUGAGGAUCCACAGGAGUGAAACAAUAUAAAUGCAGAGUGUGUGGGUAAUCUUAAUAGUCAUGAGAGGAUCCACAGAGAGGAGAAACAACAACUGAAUGGUGUGUGGAAAAGGAUAUGAGAGGAGAGACAUUACUAUGCAUCAAAGGAUACGCACAGGAGAGCUCCUAUCAAUGUUCUGUGUAUACAGCAAUCUUCCAUUUAAAAAGUUCUCUUAGUUCCUGUAAGAGGAUGCACAGACUCCUACAGGAAGUCUGGAAAAGGAUUCUGUGAGAGUAGAGACCUUACUAUAUCCAUUAAAGGAUCCAUAGAGCAGAAAGACUGUAUAAAUGGAGAGUAUGGAAAGGGCUUCAAUACAGACUUUCAUGUGGCUCAACACAAAAGAUCCACACGGAAUAAACGAAUAUGGAAAGAGCUUUAUUUAGGUGUCAACUUUGAAAUGGAUCGGGUGUGUCGCAACCAUUUUCUCUUUCUCAGCUUUUCACACUUAGGGAAGAAAAGAGCUUUGGAAUGUCAGACCAGACAUCAACAACUUACUGUCUUGUGGGAACCAAGGUUAUCCUAACAGGUGCUGGCCAGAGACUAGAAGAGGUUUCCAAGGAGAUGCCAGAACACCUAGUUGGACAACGUGACCUGUGACGAGUGAGGGAGCUGUCCAAUCUUGAAUUACUGAAAGUGUGGGAAAUAGCCAGAGCUGGUUUGCUUUUCAACUGUGCCCAAAUGAUGAAUUCAAUAAACCAGUUCUUUGAGAAAGCUAAACAUGUCAAGACUUGAGUUGCUGGAUUGGUUGGGUUCAUUAUUUGACACCCAGAAGGACAAAUUAAUUCUCUUAAAAGAAUCCAUACAAUUAGUCCUCUGCUUUCAAGUGUUUAUUUAGUGAAUGUUCAAUGUUACAGUGAAAUAAAUGAAAUAAAAUGAAAAAACGUGACUUAGAUAAGUUCUCAUACUUAUGACUAUUGCAGCAUCCCCAUGAUCAUGUGAUCAGAAUUUGGGCACUUGCCAACACAUUUAUUUAUGAUGGUUUUAGUGCUCUGGGAGCAGGUGAUUUCCAUUUGUAAACUUCAAACAGUUGAUGGGAGGAUCACUUAACUACAUGAUUCACUUCAAAACUGCAGUAAUUCGUUUAACAACUGGCAUAAAUGUUUGCAGACUGGGAUGUGACGGACUUAGUUGUCUUGUUUAGUUGGGCUGAAUUGUGGUAAGUUGAGAAGUACCUGUAUUGCUGUCCUUCCUGAUGAAAUAUCCAAAGAAUUGGUCCCAUUAAAAGAUUUUGUUGGCUGAAGGGAGCGGUUUGUCCUCCAUGAACAAAUUAUGUUCCUCUGCAGAAAUGUCAAACCUUUACAUCUAAGCAUUUAGCCAUGGUGUCUGAACCAGGGUAAAGUAUGUCUCCAUUUUUCUGUGCUCUAUGUACAUUGCAUUUGAUUUUAUUGUUAUGCAAAAAUAUUCCAAUGCUCCAAUUUAUAUUCAGAUGACAUUAAUUGCCCAAACAUGUAAAUUGUUUCUACCACACUUGUUUUAAUCCAUAUAAUUAUUAAAUUAUUAAUACAUAAUAAUUAUUAAAUAUUUGGAGAUGUUAAAAUGCAAGCUUUUGGAGGGCAAAUAGUUUAACAUAUCAGCAUUAGCAAUUUUAAAACUGUCUUGGCCUUGACAUAUAACACAUGCAGAAGACUAGCUCAACAUUUGGAGUGGACUUGUAGCAUUCAUACUUUUUAAUCUUUACCAAAAUCCUGAAAAGGAAUCUACACUGUUUCUUGUCUGUCGAUAGCAGAGAUUCGUCUGGUCUCACCAUAAAUAUUUUUUCAAGUAUAAUUAUAAAACAAAGAGAAUGGUUGGUUCUGGCAUGCAAAUACACAGUAAAUUAUAAGAUAUUCAUAUUUUGCUGCAUUUUGUAAACAUCCUUAUUUAUAAAUGACACCUCAAAGAGCCAUAAGCUACUUUAGGUAAAAUCUUUUCUCCGAAAAUAUAAUAUUGCAAAACAAGCUGUCAUUAGAUCAUUUAUUAGUAGAGCAUAUGCAGUCUGCACAUACAUUAAUGAACGCUUUCUGGAAUUUUCAUUCCAGUUGCAUGAGUUAGAAUAGUUAUCUCAAGUACAGAGAGAAUAUUUUCAAGAAACUUUACUUGCCAUUAUUAUUACAUUUGUAUUCCUUAUACUUUGACAUCUCAUGCAAUGUAUUCAUGUCUGAUUAGUUAGAAAAGCAGUUGGAUUUACUUUCUUUGUGGUGCAUCUCAUAGUUUCAGCACCAAAUUCACAAGUACCCUUGCCUUGGCCUAGUGUUUGUAGCUAACUGCUUACACCUCCCUUCCAGGUUAAGUUGCAAUAUGACAACAAAAUAAAAGGGUCUUUUAGAGACCAAAACCAUCUCACCAGCAAUCAGAACCCAGAUCAGCAUAGAUUUACUCCAAAAUUGUUUACAAUUUUGUGAACAAUAUCCCAAUCAAGGAACUCCAAAAAAAUAAGCAGCCCCUAUCAAAGAACCUCCCAGACAGCUCCCAGCAUACUGACAAGGGAAAGCCACUAGACUAGAAUAUAAGCUGAGAGCAAAUCCUAUUUCUUAACUAGUACUAAUGAUGUUACCAAGGUUCGGUAAUGAAACUCCUGCAAGAUGACCAAGUUCGGAGAGAAGGAAGGGCCAUUCUGUAAGUCAACUUUUUUUAUGGUCCUAAGGGACCUGAGCAUGCACUUGACCGAAACAUCCCUGGGAUGCAGAGUAAAAGGCUUUGGAGUGCACUGGAAGGGAGCGGUGCUGUGUUCCAGGCUCUGGGAAGCCAGGGGAUCCUGUAGAGCA